AUGUGGAGCGAGGACGAAGACGGAGAUGGAUUGCUCUGGUAUGCGAUUCGAUCAGGAGGGGAGAGUGCCAUACCCGAGGAGGAGAGGAGCGUUGAGUGCGCGGAUUGUAUUGUAGGAGUACCGGGGAAGUUUACGACGGAAGUGAGGAUUCGAGGAGGCGACGACGGUGGACUCAGGGGUCUGGUAAUUGCCACCCUGGUGGAGACGAGUACGUUGGGAGAGUUCGACGAUAGGAUAGAUGAGAGUAUCUGA